AGCUCUUGGAACUGGGGAAUUGUUUUGAUAAGGCAGGUGUCAGUUAUUGUUUUCAAGUAUUUUGGAGCGUUUUGGAGAGGUUGGAGAUCGUUGGAGACGAUCAUCGACGUCUCGUGUAUUUAUUUAUCGAUAUUUAUUGUGUAUUAAUUUUUUUGGAAGCUUUUGUUGAGAGUGGAAAAUGGUGAGUAAUUUGAAGCCCGAAUGCUCUGUUUGCACGUGGUACCCGAAAUUCGCCAAAGUCUCGAUAGAAUCGAGGGUUUUGAGAAUUCCUGAGGAAGUUUCCAAGUAUCUCGAGGAUGAGGCUUUUGUCUUGCCUUCUGAGGCGGUGGAGAAAAGGGUCGGGGGGUCAGAAUGGACUGAUGGAUCUGCGGUUGAGGAUUCCGGGGAGGAAUCCGAGGAGCAACCCUCCUUUCCGGAGUUCAGUCGACAGGUGCAGGAAGUGAUUGAUGAGUUCGGAGCUGUUUUCGUGAAAACCAAUUGGAGAACUCCUAUGGAUGCAACAUGGGUUGCUCCGACAAAAACCCUGAAAUGCACAUCACUGGAAGAAGUCUAUCUCCUCCUGAAGAGUUCUGACAGAAUUUCGGGGGAUCUUAACGCUGUCAGACAAUUUUCUUGUGAUUCUGGGGGAUUGAAGUCUUGUCUUGUGCUUAAACGAUGGAGAGACAUCAAUCCCAGCUCAGAAUUCCGAUGUUUCGUUAUCAAUAGACAGUUAAUGGGAAUUUGCCAGAGAGACUCUUCACAAUUCCAUCCUUACAUCGAGACAGAUAAAUACAACAUACAGAGAGAUAUCACGAGUUUAUUCAACGAGAAAAUAAAAGAUAAAUUUAAGCUUGAUAAUUAUACAUUCGACGUGAUUAGGAUAAAGAAAGAUAGAGUGAAAAUAGUCGACUUUGGUCCCCUGGAUGAAUCAUCGACAAAGGGAACUCUCUUCAGUUAUUCUGAACUUCGUGACUCAAUCCCAGAGCCUCCGGAGUUCAGAUUUAUAGCUGAGGAUAUGGGAAUUCAGCCGAACACCGCCAGUCAUUUCUGUGUUCCCCAGGAAAUCAACGAGUUCUUCAGGACUGGAAAUAGUUCCGUGAUGGACAUAUUACGCAGGGAAGUGGAAAACCAGAGCCUCGAAUAACAACUCAAUGAAUAAACUCAUGAAAAGAAAUAAAAUUAUUUUUCAACAAAAAAAAAGGAAUUUUCAAUUAUCCAUUGCCCCAGAGGUGCAUCAAUGCGAAAAUAAAAGAAAAAGGGCAGGUGUUUUCACAAUCAAAAAUCUCACCACUCAAAUACAGAACUUUCAUUUAUAUUCUGUCAGACCCUCUUCUAUUGAUACAUUACAUAAACUGAUGAAACACUAUUCUAGGUUGUUUUUCCAUUUUAAAAUUUGUUUUUCUUGAAAGAAUUAUCGUAAUAUUGCAAUAUCUUUUUUGUCAGACCGUCAAUCUUAGCGAGCGACGUGCCUAUUUAUAGAAAAUAUGUCUUGUUUAUAUACAAUAUGCAAUCCCCAAUACUUCCACAUUUGAAAUCUGAAAAAGGAUUUUUUUUUUUCACGAUAUAUGUUUUCCUGACACGUAUUCAUUAUUCAUCAAUUAAUUCUUCCAUCAUAGCUGUACAAUCAUAUCCCCGGAGUAUUCAAUUGAUUCACUCAUUGUAUUCCCCCAAUUAAUCCAUCCAAAGUGUUCAGCUAGUGUUAAAGCUGCAAAUAAAACAAAUUAUGCGCUCGUUUACCUUUAACUUUGUCUUUUAUAUAUUAAAGCCGUCUGAUUUCUCAUUUAUUAAAUUAUUGAUUUUGGUACCAUUCGGUAUUAUACUUCACCAUUUGUGCAUUGUUCGUCUCAUCUCAGCACUCACACAUAAUCGUUUAUAUAUAUUAUUUAUAUAAAUACACGAGUGCAAUCAGUAAAUAAAUCCAUUAAUCAUUUUAUUCCCGUUCAAUCACUGAUGAUGAUAAUGAAACUGAUAAGAAUGCAUUCACUGAUACCAAACUGUAUUGCUAGUUGAUAAGAGUAUGAUAAUGGUUCUUCUCCUCUCUAAAACUUCUCCAUCGACACAAUCAUCUGCAUCAACAGUUAAUCAUCUCUAUUUUAUCCUCUCAUUCUCCCCGAUUUUUAAAUAAUUACAGAGCGAUUAAAAUUAUUAUCGCACUAAUACUAAGUAUUUACAGAACGGCAGAUGAGCAUUACGAGAAUGUUGAUGCUCCCACCACUGCCAUUCCGUUUUAUCUCAUUGUUAUUUAUCAUUUUCAUUAUUUAUCGUCUUGCUUUUUGUUCUCAUUCAUUUGUGCUAAUUAAAAAUUGUCUUAAGGUAGCCGUAUGCUUUGGGCAAUUGUGAACUCAGUGAAUUCAUUUUAUUCUUUAUCUCUGUCCAUGUGUUAUUAAUUUGUUUUUAUUGGGCUUCAUAACUGAUUAAAUCAGUCACGACGCAAAUACAACCGCUCUGAAUACUGUUCGAAGGUGCUAAAGUGCACGUUAUAUCGUUUAUUUCAGUUAAACUCUUACAAAUGUACAUUACAAAACCUCUUAAGUUUAUCCUUAGGGGCCCUUUAAGCUUCUUAAGUACCUGGGAUUAGCACUGGAAAACUCAUUUAUAUUUAUUUACUAUAUUUAUUAUUCAAUCGUUUCACUUAAUCACUAGUUAAUCGUGUUAUUUUAUGGUGGUUUUAGUCAUCUAAUUAAAUGCAUUUGGUACGACUAAAUGGAGGAUUUUCUUUUUCCAGAAGCUUGCCACCAAUUUGACAAAUUUUUUUUUUUCCUUAUUUUACCAAAGAAAUAUUUUUAAUCAUUGAAAAAUACGAAUUUAUUAUUUCAGGCGAAGAGAAGCUUUCGCCAUGAUUUUUGUUUACACGUAAAACAUUGUUGCUAACUAUUAAAUGUACAGGAAGAUAGAAGAUCGUAUUUAGGUUUUUUUGUUGUUUAAUUUAAGGGCACAGUUAGCAAACUGAAUUUAAUGGAUAAUUUCAUUGGAGAAUUUAAUUGAAGUUUCUACAAAAUGAGAAGUUUACGGGGAAUCUUCUCGUGUUGAAUUUUUUUCAGAUAAUAAUUGCGUGAGAAAAAAUGAUAUCGAUCUCUGAUAAGGAGAUUUAGGAGAAGAGUGAUAGGUUUUUGGGCUGAAAAUAAAUUGCUGAUAAGAAGUAACCAAAUGCCUAUGAACUGAUGAAAAAUGAACAACUCACUAAUCUCGAAGGUAAUUGCACACGAAGAAAAUCAAAAUAAACCGAUAAACAAUAGUCGUAUUAUAAAUACGAAAUUUUAUUGAACUAAGGUUUUUUCAUUUAUAAUGAGAUCAGUUUAAAAAUGAAAUGAACAAUUAAAGUACACAUAAUUAUUCAAUAUAUUCUACUUCACAGUCGUUACAAACAUUUCUCUAAUCCUAUAUAAAUGAAAUAAAAAAAUGAAGGGAAAUGGGAGGAUUAAUGUUAACACAAAUUCGCGUAUCUACAGUUUUCUCAUUUUCUCUAUUUAUCGUUCAAAUUCUCUCAUCAAAAUGUACUCUUAUUAGUUCACUAUUUGUAACUAAGUAACAAAUCAUUUAUGAUUGAUAGAAAUCUUCGUUAAUUUCUGAGAAUUUAGUACUGGUUUUACCCCCUCCUUUAUCAAUUUUUUUAAAUUUUCAGUAAUGAAGCAAUAAAACGUCAUUGAUCGAAUCGCUUUUUUGAUAAAUGAGAGAAUCUCAAAAUUUUUAUAGCAACGAUAAAAUUUCGUCCAAAUUUUUCUAAAGUCAAUAAUUCCACCGAUAAAUCACGUUCCACAACUUCACUACAGAUUUCAUCAAUCAAUAAUUACCAUACAAAAUCAUAAACACAUACUUUAUCGUUGAAUUCCCCAGAGAUUUGUUCACAAAAAAAUGGGAUGCAUCAGAAACGAAUUGUCUCGUUGAAUUCCGCCCCAGAUUCAGAAAUAAAACGAAGCAGUUUUGUACUAAAGUGCAGCGAUAUUAUACGAUAUAUAUACUUUGUUUUUUUUUUACUUUUUCCAUGAGUUUUUGUUUUUCCUAUAGAAAACUACUCGAAUGUACAGAAUGGAUUUACCCGCGCACUGUGACAGAUUGAUGAUAAAUUCGGGCCAGGUGAUUUAAAAAGAUGAAAAAAAAAUGAAGAAAAUACUGACGAAAUUGGAGAAACG